AUGCUCAGAGAAUUCCUGCCCCUGCUUUGCCUUGGGCUUAGCCUGGGCUUUGAAGACAAGAAAAAGAAUGAGAUGCUUCCCAAACCCUCCCUCAGUGCCUUGUCCAGCUUAGUGGUUGGACACAGAGGUAACGUGACCCUGAGGUGCCAGUCUCACUUCCAGAAUGUGACAUUCAUGCUGAGGAAGCUGCAGGACUCCGGGUACAGGCAGGAGCAGAGAUCCACAGAACACAAGGCUGAAUUCCUCCUCACUCACCUGGAACCGAAGGAUGCUGGGAUGUACUUUGGUGCCUACAAGACAAUGAUCUCCGAGGAGUGGUCAGGGGAGAGUGAAUACCUGGAGCUGAAGGUCAAAGCCAAUGGAUUAAUCUUCGCUGCCACCUUCAGCUGCCUUUCCAUUUUGAUUCUCUUCCUCUCUGUCUUCUUCAUCAACAGAUGUACCCAGCAUGGCUCGUCACAUGAAGAGUCCACCAAGAGAACCAGCCAUUCCGAAUUUCCCAAGCAGGAGGCUACAGAUUUAUCCAACCUGGAAAGGAUAUCUGUCUCGGCACCGUUCUCACCUGCAUACUCCCUGGUGCCUGUAAACGCAUCUCCUCCGGGUGCUCACGGAAGGACCGCCUCCUUUGUCUUUGGGGUCCAUCAGUCCAUUUCCAGCCUCUCUGCAGGGUUCACCUUCCACCUCCAGGUGGCGCUGGUGGAAAGCACAAAAGACACCUGA